GCUUCAGAGGUUGUCACCCACCUGGGACAGACAGUGGUCCUAGCCAGUGGCACACUGAGCGUGCUGCUUCACUGCGAAGCAGUGGGAAACCCAAAGCCCACCAUCAGCUGGGCUAAGAAUGGAGAGGAGGUGAAAUACAAUGAUAGGAAAGCCACUAAUAAAGGCAUCAAGAGCUACUGUGAUCAACACUGAGUUGCCUGAUGUCACUGUUGAUAUUGGAAGCACAGUGAAAACAAUCCAGAGAGCAAAUGUUACCAUUAACUGCCAGGUUGCAGGUGUUCCUGAAGCAGAAGUUACUUGGUUUAAAAAUAAGGUCAAGCUGUCCUCUGCUCACCACCUGCAUGAUGGGUUGCUGCUAAUUGCGAAUGUUUCUCUGGCAGAUCAGGGUUUAUACUCCUGCAAGGCAGCCAAUCUUCGUGGGGAGGUAACUGAAAGCUCCCAGCUGUUUGUUCUUGAGCCUCCACGACCCCUUCCUAACCUAGAAGACUUGACAGCAGUGCUUUUCAGCACUGGGACCAGACCUCCUUCAGUGUUGACCUCUCCUUCAGGAACAAAAAUGGCCAUCAGUCCAGGGAGCUCUGCUCUCAUAGGUUGUGCUGUGGAUGGCCAUCCAACCCCAAACAUCACCUGGCUUUACUCCGGCAAGCCUCUCAGUCUGAAGCAUCACCUCCUGGCAGCAGGACGAGUUCUUCAGAUAUUCAACAUUAGUGAUGCUCCUGAAGGUGAAUUCAGCUGUCUUGCUCAGAAUGAGGCUGGCUCACUGAUACAAAAUACUUCCCUGACAAUUCAAGAAUACCAGUGGUCAGUGGACAAGCUGAUGGCUUGUUCUGCUUCCUGUGGCCACAAAGGGGUGCAGCUGCCCCAGCUCAGGUGCUUACUGGAUGGGACUGAAGUCAACACAUCCCACUGCAAAGAGAAGCCCAAGCCAGCCCUGCAGCCCAUCGCAUGCAACAGGAGAGACUGCCCUUCACGAUGGAUGGUAACAUCAUGGUCUCCAUGCACACGGAGCUGCGGUGGAGGCAUCCAGAUGCGGCGAGUGACAUGUCAGCGGCUGACAGCAAAAGGCAGCUCUGUCCCGAUGUCGAACGAGGCUUGUGUCCAGGUGUCCAAGCGCCCCGUGGACACUCAGAACUGUAACAGGCAACCCUGUGUCGAGUGGGUGGCCUCCUCCUGGGGCCAGUGUAAUGGGCCUUGCAUUGGACCACGACUGGCUGUACAACACAGACAGAUACUUUGCCAGACCAAAGAUGGGACUUCUGUGUCAUCUGAUCAAUGCAGUGCCUUACCAAGGCCUUUGAGCACUCAGAACUGCUGGACUGACAUCUGCGGCGUGCACUGGAGGGUCAGCCUGUGGACCGUGUGUACAGCUACCUGCGGAAACUACGGCUUCCAGUCCCGGCGCGUGGACUGCGUGCACAUUCGCACCAACAAGCCUGUGCUGGAGCACUACUGCUCCUGGAGACCACGGCCGGCCAACUGGCAGCGCUGCAACAUCACGCCCUGUGAGAACAUGGAGUGCAGAGACACCACAAGGUACUGCGAGAAAGUGAAGCAACUCAAACUUUGCCAGCUCACCCAGUUCAAAUCACGUUGCUGUGGGACUUGUGGAAAAGCUUGAAGACAAAUGCAAUGAAAAUGGAGGAACAAGGGGAUCACAGCCUUUGCUUCACCGAGGCAAGGACUUUUACAGAAAAUAUAAAUGGAAUGGAUUUUUUUUUCAUUUUAUUUAUUUAUUUCCCUUUAAAAGAAAAAAGGAAAAAGAAAGGAAAACGAAAACCUUUUACCAAAUUGUUGUUGUAAAGGGACCUGACAAAUUUUCCCUCCUAUAAAUCUGGGAGACAGAAUGCAGCAAAAUAAUCAUGAGGUCAGAUAACAAAAAGUCAAAGAAUCCCAUGCCACCAGCAAAGGGCCUGAGAGGAGUGGGACUGCCCCAAAAUGUAUGUACACGCUUGGGGAUACACCAAUGGAUAGAUGGGAAAGCGGAUCAAAACGUAAACCUAGCAUCACAUUGAACCACCACAACAUGAAUCAAAGGAUCAAACAGCUUGACAGAUCAUAGGGUUUGCAGAAAACAAAACAAAACAAAGCAAAAAAAAUCCAAAAAAAAAAAAUACUAAACUGAACAUUCAUCUGUGAAGUAUACAGACCAUUUAUCUUAGACUAGUUUGGGAAUAUAAGCAUAUGAUUUUGCUUUAUAAACCUAUUAUUAGAACCAAGAUUGGAUGCCUUUUUUCCUUUCUAUACCCCUCUCUCCUCCUCCCAGGCCUUCAAAUGAUCUCAGUGGGAGAUAGCUGUCGAUCUUUGAGGAUCCGGAGUCGUGUCUGAGAAAGUUGAACAAUGUUGUGUAAUGUGAAUGAGUCUAGAAGACAUCUGAAAAUGUUCCCAGGGUGUAUUUGUGAGGGAGGAUCGGCACUGGGAGUGUUGCCUUCAGCACAGAGAUGAGGUGGUGAUGUUAGCUAUUAUCUAGGAGAAGGAAAGAAAGUAUGAUCUGCUACUAACAGGCUGUAACACAAACCCACAAAUGCUGUCCUGUGCAUAACACAGGAAGGAAAAAUAUCAUUUGUGGUAACAAGAGCUGCUUUGAGUACUACGUCCUACUAACACUUCAUAGGAAUAGAUAGGAGUACUAGUUCCCAGAGUUCAGGUUCUUUCAGAGCUGAGGUUUGGGUAAGACAUUUGAGGAAGUGGGUUUUCCUUUCCUGCUAACACGAAUAUUUUCUCUUCUGACAGCCAAGCCUUUCAGUCAAGUAGUAGAAAAAAUUUCUGAUAUCUUUGGCUUUGUUCCUACUCAGUAGAAACAGAAUAGAUUCAGCAUCAGUCCCAGAGGACUAAUGUCAAUAAAUUUUAAUAAAUUUGCUCCUCUCUGGCUGCCUCCCACAACAAAAUGGGUGCUACAAAGCAGCGUAUUUUUUAAGCCUAACACCCUAAAAAUAUGAUCUAAAAAGUGAACCUCAGACAUCACACAUUAUGUGUCGUCUGUGAGUCUUUCUCCCUAGCCAAUUGCAGUGACUAUUCAUCCAUUGAAGUGCUUCAUCCUUUUAGUUCCUGGGCAAUUCCUGCUCUGCUCUGAAUAGGGCUUUAAAAUUAGAAGGGAUUUGCAAAGCAGGAGGUUUGAGCAUUAUAAAAAUUUAAAGGAGAGCUGUCUGGAUCUGAGGCUUUGACUUGAGACCAUCUCUAAAUCAAAGGUUUGGCUGUGCUUCACCCCCAGUGGGGCUCAGGCCUUAUGGUACAUUAAUGAAAGGCUGUUCAAGUACUGCUGUGUUACAGCUUCCAUAAUGUGGAUUUUUCAGCAAAACCAGGAAUCUAAUUCUGAGGUCAGUGUCAGAUUCAUGACAUUAAACUGUCUUCAGUUUGGUUGCUUCAAACACAUUUGGCAGUGGAUGCUCUCACUAUGAAUGGGUCUUCAAGAAAUAGUGUUGCUAAGCUUCCGUGUAACUUUUUAUUUAAAAAAAGAAGAAUGUCUUUCUAUGUAUGUAAAUGUAUAUCUUUUGUGUAUAUUUAUUAGGAUUUCUUGUAUAAAAAGUGCAAUAUUAAUAAUUGUACAUUAUUUUGUCCAGAUAAAACUAUUUGUGGUUUUUUUUUUAAAUCUCCCCAGAAUUUUGUUCCUCUAAAAUCAAUGGUAAUACUGUAUUUUUCACUUGCAUUUAAUUGAGGGUCUGCUUCACUGUGCACAGAGUGCUUUAUAAAAUAUGACAUGAGGGAGGGGUGGCAUUUUUAACUUGUGAAAUGAUAGUUAUGCAUGGAAUGAAGGACAAUUCCUUAAUAAUAAUAAUAAUAACAAUAAUAACAAUAAUAAUAAUGUGGUGGAUAUUUCUAGUACAGUAGUUAACAAAAAGCAGCACGGGGAAGUAUUUACAUUUGUUUGAUAGAUAAGUAUAUUCAGAUGAUCACGUGUUGAAUGGUAGCUGUGUAACCGUGCUGAGGAUAAACAAAAAGGAUCAGAUCUGGAGGAGCCACUGUGUCAUCUCUGCACAGUGUGAAUCUAAUUUCACAUGUUUGUUCUGUGAAUUGUGACUUGGCAGCAUCUCAGUAAGAUUUCUGAAUAUUUUACAAACGAACACUUUCCUUUUCUAAAAAGAAAACAAACAAGCAAACUUGUAUUUAUAUAUAUUUUUUGUACAGGUAAUGCAGGAUACUUACUUAACUACUGCUGUCUGAUGUGUUGUUUAUUAAUCUUAAAAAAAAGCCAAUCAAAGUAGCAAAGCUUUUGGAGUACUCUGUCCUUAUUCUGUGUUACCAUAGCAGCAAACAGCUGUUACAUGAAAUACACAUGAUCCACCAGCAUCCUCUUUCCCCAAGACAGGAUCUGCCCUGUCUUAAUUUCUUUUUAAAAGUCUCCAGUCAUUCAGAUUUUGCGCCUUGUCUUGGAGAUCUGUUUGAACUCUUCAAUUGCCUUUCUUCGUUCUUUUUAGCCUCUGUUGUUCUUCUAGAGCUAUAAGACCACUGCUGGCACUAAGCUCAUGGAAAGUAUAUAGGCUCAUAAAAGUAUAUUCCUUUUUUCUACACAGAAACUCUCAAAAACAUAACUCUCCUCAGCAACCCCUGGAGUGAAGCAAUGCAUACUACCCCUAUUAUUCAGUCUUUUCUUAUAUGUCCCCACUACUUUCAUUAACAGAACUUGCAACUCCUUGAAGCAUCAAGUGUAUAGUUAGAAGGAAUCCUAGUCAUGAGCAGAAUUACAAGGAAGAAAACAUGAAUAAACUACUUCUCUUAACAAAGACAAAAUCCGGUUUUGAAAGCGAAGCUGGUUCUGCUGUUGCCCCUUUUCAGACAAAUGUUAUAAUGCCUCUUCUAAAAGGGAGUGGUGAUUUUGCUCUCAUUUACUGACAGUUUCCCCAGUAUGGUGUUCCUUCCA